AUGCCUUCUCAACCCUAUACCCAUAUUCCGCCUCCGCCUCCACUACCCCCUCAGCCUUUGCAACUGAUAUCCGUCCCGAGCUCACGCCAAUCAUAUCUGCCACCAGCCUCACCUAGUUCUUCAGCACUCUCUCCUUCAUCGUCUACUCCUUCAACACAGGGUCACUUACGUGCAACAUCGGGUCGCCAUAGUCUUCCUUUGCCACAACCACCAUCAGGCGUACCUCAACAACAGCCGAUCUACCAACCCAUUCCCCCUCCACCCUUGUUGGUUUCGAACUCGCACAUCCAAUAUCAAACUCCGCGCCCUCCAGUGCAGCAAAGCCACGGGUUCUACCCUGGCCCUCCCCCCAGACCUCCAGCGCAGAUAACGGGACCUAUAGGACGCUCGCAAUGGCUGCCAUCUGGUGAGAUGCGUACGUAUGAGCAGCAGGGCGGGUAUUGA